GAUUUUGUAUAUAUGGCGAACACAGCUGACAGAAACGAAGCAUGCAUUUCUUGCUGCAAAUGUUCCCUGGAAUACCUCAGUGCUGCUUGUAACAGGACGCCGUUGUGUGUGGAUUGGGGAAGGAACGGAUGGGUGGCUUACGGUACUUGUCAUUCCAUUGCUUUGUGGCUUCCAAAGGUUCGUUCUUUAAACACUGUACUAAUGUUUGUAUGUUGUCUCCUUGUUCCACGUGCAUUGAUGGAGAUGAACUCAUUGCGUUAGUUUCUGCUCUUACUGUUACCUUAAUAAUAUCCUUUAAAAAUCAAUUUCUCUUAGUUAUCCUGUAUUCAGAUUUUACAUAUUGAGAGGGGUAGAACAUUUAUUUCGUCUUCGCAAAUUCACAGCUGUUGUUAUUAAAAUGGUAAACAUCUGCAGGACCCGGUUGUUCGAAGGCCGAUUAGCACUUAACCCGGGGUUAAAUGUAACCCGGGUUUCUUUUUCUUGUGUUCAAAAGCAUUUUAUCGGAUAAUUUUCUCUGUUAUUUUUAGAGCUUCCAAUUAUCAACUUGUAGACAAAAAUAAUUAAAACUGAAAUGUUUUUUUAAGCUUUCAAAUCUGAAUUCAAAUCUCGCACUAACCCUGGGUUUUCUCAACCCAGCUUUGAACAGCUUGGCCCUGUACAGUGUACGUGUGGCAAAUCGUCCAAAAGUCAACUCGCCCAAAGUUAUAUCGUGCAUAAUUUAGUGAGCUAAUAACCUACACAGUGAUGCAGUCACUGUUUUUCCAGGCUUAUUCCAUUUUCAGUGUCAAAGGAUGGCAUAGGUUCACGGCUGUGUGUCUCAGAUGUCUGUGUGCAAAUUAACUGUUUGGGUGAGAUGUCUUGUGGGCCACUUACUUGCUAGACAGAUUGCCAUCUGCAGAUCAGCCUGCCAAGAUUGCAAUCUGCAGAUAAGUCUUAAAUCACUAUUUUCAUGGAUAACAGUCAACUUUGUUCUUUCACUUUCUUUAGAGAGCCUUUCCACAUGGGAGUGUAAAGUAUAUUCUAAAUGGACAUAAGGAUAGGGUUAACUGUGUCAAGUGGAUUCCUCAUCCAGCGUUAGGUACAUGUAAGAUGUGUAAUACCUAUUAAAGACAUUAUACAAUCGUGCAUAAGCUCAAGGGGUAUACCGUAGCACCCAAGUAGCCUCCAGGUUGUCACUAAGAUUUUAAUUUGCCGGGUAAAUACAACACAUAGCUAGGGGUUUCUUCUGGUUCCAAUUUUUUUCUUUUUUCCUUUAAAAGUAGCCGGGGGAAAUCCCCGGCCCCUGCCUCUUAAUGACAGCCCUGAGCCUCAAACUUGGAUAACUCGAACCCAUCCCCCCGCCAGCCAAGGUCUGGAAAUGGGGGUCCUUAUAUCCCCCAUUCACGCUCCUUCUUAACAAAAAUCCUGCAUCCCGCACUUUUUUUCAUCGCUUUCCCGAAUCCCCUUUUUUCUACAUAAGUUCAAAAAUUCUAAUUUCUGCAAAAACUAAUAAAUGUAAGAUAUAGAUUGGCCCUUUUGUUGAUUGAUAUUUUUAGUUAUACUUCAGUAUGACAAAGCAGAGGGAAAGAAGAAGCGACAAGGGAGAGAGGAAGGGUUCUUCCCCCUCAUUCCCUAACCUCACUCCGUAGUUUUUUUUUCCUGCUCACUUUUCUUUGCACCCCUGUGCUAUCUGAAUGCCUGGAGCAGGCUAUUCUGGUGCUAGAAGACUCCUCUGUGACCGUAAUAAAGAAGGACAUCAAAACUUUUACCAUCUGGUUCAAGGGAGCAGAGUUGAGAUCAUUCUUAAAUUAAACUGAUCAAAUAAUUUCUUUAAGAGUUACAAUAAAAUGUAAAAAGCUUGGGCAAUUACUGGUAUGCGAGAACCAUCAGCCCAAUUCCUGUCAUGCAGUUGAAUUUGUUGGUUCAUCUGUUGAUUACUUGACAGCCUGGGUCAUUUUAUAGUUUGCUUUGAUAGGAGACACCACUGAACACUUGCCUGGUUGAUUCGCAUUUGCCGCUAUUUAAACCAUCUCACGAUUUCCUGAAUUCCUGACAGACAGGUAAAAAAUCCUGCAUCCCGUGCCUAAAUUUUGGUGAAUCCCACUGCGUUGGUAGGAGUCAAAAUAAUAAUCCCAUUUCCUGUCAAGCUAUUUUGUCUUCUCCUCGAUCCUGCACAAUAUUUUGGUCAAAUUCCAGAUCCCAAAAUACCCUUCCAGACCCUGACCAGCUCGCACUAGCCCAGAUUUUGUGUGGGAAUUGUAAUAUCAACCUUGUUCCCAGGCUGCUUUCUCACUUUCCUAGAAGUCUGGUAACAAGGUAAUAUUGCACAGGUUUCUCAUCAAGUUUAAAGUAGACAGCUAAGAUGUAAAAAUAGGUGGCUUGGUAACUGAGUGCUGUAGCUAGGCAAUUUCAGGCUUUCAGGCUCUCACUUUACCCUAACUGAAGUAGGCAUUUCCAGGCCAGCUACAGUGUAUUUCCCCAAAGAGUAGGUGGCUCAAACCUUCAUGUAGCCGGUUUUUAGCCGGUUGCUGCCACUUAAUGAGAACCGUGAUUACAGAUGAUGUCACCUUUAAUAGGAUAUUUUCGGUGUCAUUCAAUUUAAAGUUUGCAAACUACAGUCUGGCAUCUUCAGUCUGGCAUCUUCCGCCUGCAGUUUGCAGAUGCCAUACACUGGAUUGGCGUCGAGCCUAGCAGUAAUCAAUUUUCCAUCACCUGUCUCGAUGUUACAGGUGAUACAUCUGCAGUAUCAAUUCACCAAAGAAGAGGUUUCACACUGAUACUAACUUUUUUUUGAGAUCACUGCAAUAAACUCAAUAUAACAAUCUUUCUCACAUCCCCAUUUUUGUUCUUUUCACUUUCAGGUGAUGAAUAUGAGUUAAUUUCAGGUUCAACAGAUAAAACAGUGAUUGUUUGGCAGAGGAAAACUACUGAAGACUAUCAAGUAUGCGGAGUGUAUCCAAUACUAUUAUUUUUUAUUUGAGAUCAGUUCAUUGAUUUUUUUUGUUAAAAUGACUUUUUAUUGGAUAAUUUACAAAUGUACAUGUAUGUAAGGAAAUGCCAAUAUUAUCAACAAGCGUCCACUUGUACACUGUUCUCUGGACUAGACAACAAUCCAUCGUACAUAUACACCAACAAGAUGAAUGUCAUCAUCUGAAACUUUUACAGUCUUAUGACAUGUACAGAAUACCACUAAAAAUGGUAUACACAUGUACAUGUAUUUUUCAUAGUUGACACUCAUGAACAUGUGUACAGGUAUGUGUUACAGGUCAAAAUUAAAUUCAGGUUAAAAUGUAUUCUCAAUUUUUUUUGUCUUCUAGCCCUAAUUUAUGAUGAUUAAUUAGGGCUAGGAGACAAAGGGAUCGAGAAUCAAUCUAGAUUUAAUUUUGACCUGUAACAUAUGAAUCCUAUUAACAAAGUAUGAAGAUUACACUGGGAGAAUAUUGUCCCAAGGUCUUAAAAUACUGUACAUUUACAUGCAUAACGGACCUAGCUAAUAUUCUGAGUAAAGCUAACUUUUUCUACUAGAGAACUGGCCAACAUGGCUUUCAAUUGUUCCUGAGAGACAAUUUAAUUGACUUUCUCUUACUGUUUAAUAAGAGCUUUUAUGCUGUUGGUGAAAAAAAAAAAAACUUGAUUUCUCUGGACAGCAGCAAGCAAACAACAAAUGACACAAGUUAACACAAAGUUAACAUACUAUAGCUAUGAUCGGCGACAAAAUUGUUGAGACAUUGUACUUAAAUAGGGUAACUUCAGAGAACACAAGAAUCCGCACCCCUCCCCUGUCCCCUCCAUUCAAAGUUGGGGUGUUUGUUGUUUUCUAUAGGUAGCUAGAACAAGGGCACAACAUUGCACAGAGGGGUUGGGGGAGGAAAGCUAUAUUUCCUCCUUUUGAAGUUAAUAAAAGGUAAAAAAGCCCAAUUUUGAGCGAAGUGUCUCAACUCAUUUUGUCGCCCAUUGUAGGUACGGAGCUGUAAUCUCAACUUGAUACAAGUACAUUCCCUUAUCAUAAAUUUAAUGGCUCUUGGAUAGUCUGGGCUGCCUGUGACCUGAGAUGCAUGAAAGCAUAAUUAUAGUCCUUAGAGUGUCCGUCAUGAGAGAUAACUGCAAUGGAUAACCCUACCUCUGUGUGCUUAUGUUUUUCAUAGUGGAAAGUGUGUGCUAUUCUGGAAGGCCAUGAGGGAGCUGUUAAUUCUGUGGCUGCUGUGACUAUACAAGUAUCCAACAACAAUGCUGAUAUGAAAACAAUCAUAGUUUCAGCAUCUGCUGACUCAUCUGUUAGGAUAUGGCAAAGAAUAGGAUCUGGAGGUAUGAUCACAAUGAAGGUUUGACCUAGCCUGUAAAACAGGCACCAUUUUUUUGCAUUCUUUUGACAGGGAAGGCCCUCUCUUUUCAUGCAUGGUCUCUCACUCCAUGCCUACUUCUUACUUUGUUUGCUGGAAAAACUCCAAAAAAAGCCACUGUUGUGCAGGCAGCUAGGUUAGAUCUUACUUGCUGGGAGUUGCUUAUUAAUCAGAAUAAACAUAAUGUGCAUUAUACUCUUUCUACUGUGGUUAACUUCCAUGCAAUUAUUGUAUUUUGCAGAUAAGUUUACUUGUUUACAGACACUCUCUUUUGGCAAAGGAUUUAUACUAGCAGUGGCAGUUUCCAUUCUUCCUGGAACAGUUGGUAAGACAGUACACAAUCAUGUACUUGCACUCUGUAAUAUUAUCAAACAUUCUGUCAGUUAUGAAAUAAUUUUUCUUUUCAGAAUUGACUAAUUUUUGUCUCUGCUACAUGUACAUUGUUACAGGUCAAAUUUGAUUUUAGGUUGAUUAAUUUUUUAUUUAACCCAGGUUGAUUCUAAUUUCCAUGACAUUUAAUUGUUUUCUAGCCCUAAAAGACAAAGGAAUUGUAAAUCAACCUAGGUUUAAUCAAAAUUGACCUGAAAUAAAAUUUGACCUGUAACAUACACAACAUGUAGUUAACAUUAUAUUAUUGUUAUUAUUAUUUUGUUGUUGUUUAGUUCCAGUAAUUGCAUGUGGAGGAGAAGACAGCAAAGUUCACCUGUUCACACAAAAAUAUGAUAAGGUACCUGAUAUGUGAACCUUAGAGAUGAUAUGGAAUUAAUGUUUAUUUUAACUGUAUAAUACCUGGUACAGGUGAUAUACGAUGGCCCAUGUUUAUAAUUUGUUCACAAAGACAAUCUGGUGAAUGUUUACUGGCAUGAUUAUUUAUCAGUUAACUGAAAAUCAUGCCAUAAAAAUUAAUGAUGAUAUCACAGCAACAAGAAGAAGUAAAAUCCUGCUUUAUGCCCCUCAAACCCCGCUUAAGGGACACCCACUUAGACACCACAUUAUUACAGACAGUGCACUUCCAGCCUUACAAAUUCCAUUCUAUAUUAUUGUACAUGUUUAAAAUGGACACCCUGGCCCACUAAUAUGGUCCCCUUAGUGUCCAUGUUAACAGGGUUCAACUGUACAUCACAGAUCAAAUUUAAUAUUAUAAUUAAUGAUAAUGAUAAUAAUAAUGAUAAUCAUAAUAGUUAUAAUGACAACAACAAUGACAAUAAAAAUGUGAUCACCAUUACAGACUAUAUAAAAAUGUAUUAUUUAAGAAUUGUGCACUGGAAGGUCUUUAAUUAUGUCUAUUUAACUUGAGUACAAUUAUUAAUAAUUAUUCUUUCCCUGUCGUUUUGGUGUAGUUUGUAAAAGUUCAGAGCUUAUUGGGACACGAAGACUGGAUAAGAGGAGUUGAGUUUACAAAAGAAGGUUAGUGACAUGGCUGCUCUGAUAUCAGGGAUGGAAACUAAAAUUUUGGAGCACUCGCCAACUGGGCGAGUGACAUUCAAAUUGUACUCGCCCAAUCUCCUCUGUAAAAAAAAAAACAACAACAACAACAUCAACAACAAAAACAACAACGCUCACUGCAUAGAAGUUCACUCACCAUUAUGCCCUGAAAUGGACCGUAAUUCCAAACAAAAAGGAAACAGCAGCGAACUUACCUCAAGCGGAAGUGUUGAAAAUAGAGCUACAUAGCCACAUUGUAUACCGUAAAUGAUCUAAUAAACGCCCCCUCUCUAAUGAACGCCUCUUAUCUUAUUAACGCCCCCCCUAAGCUGACAAGUUUGUAUUAAACGCCCCUCUCCAACAAACGCCCCCCUUCCCUGAAAACCACACAUAAACUGGAAACAGAUGUACAAUACAAUCAAUCAAUUUAUUUGCAUUCUUGCUUAAUUAACACCGGUGUAGUAGUUGCGUCUUGCUCAAUUUCCAGUUCAAAGUGAGGAUAGUGUUCUUUAAUGUUCUUGAUCCCAUUUCAAGCAAUAACUAACUCAGACAUAGAAGAGGCCGGCAAUGAAAAUACCAUGGUGCUCGACGAGGACUCGGAUGUUGACAUUGAGCUAUAAGAACUACCAUUACGGUACCCUUUUCCACCAAUUUGUAUGUACCAUAUACCGUUAUGGAUUUGUAGAGAUAUCAGCAGACGGACUUGAUAGUCUGCUGAAGCUCUGUCAUUUAGAUUAUUAUAAUACCGUAUUUAGGUUACCGUGUUACAGUUAUUAGAAUAAACGCCUCUCUCUAUUAAACGCCUCUUAUCUUUUAAACGCCCCCCCCGCCCCCUGGACCCUUGAAAUUUAAUAAAUGCCCCCCGGCGUUUAUUAGAUCAUUUACGGUACUGUUACUUUCUUAGAUGCACUGUUUUUUGAAAACUCUCAGAAGUGUCAAAUCCCCCAGCCUCCCUCCUAUCCACCUGCCAUCUUAAAAAUUAACAACAGCCUUGCAGUGCCUUUAUUGGCUUGCAUUUUAAUCCCGAGUUAUGUACAUUUACUACUAGAUGGAAAGACUUCUUUUUCUCUUUUCAGAUCGUGGGGACCUUCUUCUUGCAAGCUGUGCUCAGGAUACAUUCAUACGAAUCUGGAGAGUUUCUUCUGAUAACAAAGUACAAGAAGCUGAAUCUGAAAUCUUGUGUGAUAAGAUGCCUGAACUAAAACUGACAUCUAAUAUUUUCUCUGUUGCUGAUAAAGGUGUGAUAACUAAUACUUAUUUUAAUAAUUUAGCAUAGGAUACAGUGUACAUAUAUUCAAUAUGUUUAUAAUAAUUUUUCAUUAUUGUCUAGUUGUCACUCAAGAUAACUUAUAUUUACAGCAGUUUUCUUAAAAUAAUGAACUUUUAAUUGAUAGGAUUAGAAAGAGAAUUUUCGGUAGUGUUGGAAUCAGUAUUAACAGGACAUGAAGGCUGGAUUUAUGGUGUUCAUUGGCAUCCUGUUGUCAGGAAAGGUAACUAAACCCUCUGAUUUACUGAUUAUUAAUAAAUAUUAUUAGAAAUUGCCACUUAGUCAAAAUUUUUUUGACAUUUGGUUUGCCCCUUUUUUCUACAAAUUGUUUCCGAUGGGUAUCAGACAUUCAAAAUCCAAGGUGUUUUGGAAUUAAAUGUUGUCAUGCAAUUAUCACUUUAAUAGAGUACAUGACACUUUUCAAAUUCACUACUCUGCAUCAAGACUUUUAAAUGUUAAUGGUUCAAUUCUAUGUAAUAGUCCCAUCAAAGUUUUCAAUGUUUUAUUUUUAAAACACAUCACAUAGUAUGCAAUUAUAAUUAUAAUUAUAAGUAUAAGUAUUGUCAAAAUACUUUAUUGAUUUACAACAGUAGCAGGAUCUAAAUGUUUUAAGUUUCCUGACAUAUUAUUACUACUUCUAAGAGUGCCUUUAGCUUUUUUCCUUGGCAUUUGUUUUAGUCUGUUUUCUAAUCCUUCAUGUGGUACAUGUACAUGUAUAUUGAAAUUUGUGGUUAUUUAUUAUUAAUCAUAUUUUGAUGUCAGAUGAUGGAUCCAUCACACAGCCAAUGUCACUGCUCACAGCAUCAAUGGAUAAAACAUUAAUAGUCUGGACUCCAGAAGAGGACUCUGGUGUGUGGUUAGAAAAGGUACAAUUUUUGUAUAAUUCUAGAGCAUGAUAAGGGAAGCAUAUUAUAACCCACUGAUAGCUGAAAAACACAUACAUGUACAGUUUUUAAAAUAAAACCAAAUUUUUGUGUAUCAAAAUGUAGUUAGCCACCACAACUAAGUGCCCCAAUGCUUGUAUGACCAUGGCCGUGUACAUGUGUAUGGGGGCUGCCCUGCAAUAUAAAGGUGUCCAUUAGCAAAGUGUCUGCUCUUAAAUACUGGACUUACAUGUAGUAUGAGUACUGACCAAGAUAAUUGGUAAUAAAGAGUGCAUAUAUGGCUGAAUCCACAAUUGGGCAAGAUAAGAAAAUCCCAUGUUCUGAUUGGCUAUGUACCCAAGUGUGAAAGAUGGACCAUCUUGUCAGGAUUUCCCACAUUUGUCCCUGAAGAAAAAGUUCUCUUUUUCGCUAUAAAUUUAUGAUAAACCCUUUAUUUACCAAGCUUUAAUUUUUGGCUAAGAUGGCUGCAUGACCUUGGCUUCAAUCUUUUGGUUCAUAAAAAUGCAAAAAAAUCAAUGAAUAGAUCAAUGAAUAAAUAAAUAAUUAAAAUAAUAAUACCAAAAUGUAACUUGGCUAGCCACCUUGACCAAAAAAAGCUUGCUCAAUAAGCCCCAUAUGGUAACUCAUCACCAGACAUAAGAAAGAAAGCAGCUUUAUGAAUAAAGGGGACAAUGUGAAAAACGUUCCCAGCGAGGAAUGUCCACUGAUUUAAUAAAUGGAUGAUGCUAGUAGACUGUGAAAAAAUUAACAAACCCUACAAUGUAGUUUCAACAAUGUAUAAAUUUUAAUUCCCUGUAGGUUCGUGUUGGUGAGGUUGGUGGUACCACUCUUGGUUUUUAUGGUGGUGUGUUUAGUCCUGAUGGUCACUCUAUCUUGGGUCAUGGCUACCAAGGAGCAUUUCAUUUAUGGAACAAUGCCACUUGUGAGGUACAAUAACUGUUCUUGUAUAUUGAUUAAUCUAUUAGCAUGGUAAUUUCAGUGUUAGUGGAGUGAAGAAAUAUUUAUCAGAAGUGACUUUAAAUUUUUCAAAGUUUUGUCUUUGUUGGAAUUCGGCUCUAGAAUGCAUCAGUGUGUACUUGUAUAAAGUGGUGCGAGACUGGUUAUAAUUUUUGAAUUUGUUGCUGAUUGUUAGAGUGAGAGCAGAUGGGAACCAGGAGUGGCUGUCAGUGGACACUUUGGGCCUAUUCAGGUGUGGUGAUGACAAUCUUAGUUAAAUAAUAUAAUAUUUUAUUAUUUUUGAAUUGUAAACAAGUUUAAGCAGAACAAGUUAUUUAUGUUAACAACAGGGUAAGAGUAAGAGUACAAAAUAAUGUUGGAUUUUUGGUCAGCUUUUUGUGUCCAGAACUCUCAAUCACACCUGUACCAAUCUUUUGGCAUGAAUAGGUGCUGAAAAACACUAAAAGGAAUUAGGGAGUGAUUAUGUUUUUUCGUUCAUACACAUAGCGUAAGAAAUCUGAUUGUUAAUAAAAAUCUGUACAAUGGACGUACAUCUAUGUGUUCGUAAUUUCCUACUCUUUGUCCAAUCUAAACCACUGUAACCUUUUCACUUCUAUAAAUUCACAGAAAGUCCAAUUUUUUUUUUCGAGAAAUCCUUAGAAACAAAUAAUAUAAAAUGUAGCACCAGGCAAACAAUUCUGCCAAAAGAUUUCAUUUGAGUAGUUAAACCAAAGGAUUUUUUCCACCAGUUUAAAAGUAAGUGUGACAUAAUUAUUUUCAUCGUGCCAUACUUGGUCUGGUAUAUAAAAUGUAGCACCAGGCAAACAAUUCUGCCAAAAGAUUUCAUUUGAGUAGUUAAACCAAAGGAUUUUUUCCACCAGUUUAAAAGUAAGUGUGACAUAAUUAUUUUCAUCGUGCCAUACUUGGUCUGGGCGUAAAAGGGAUAUUAGUGAGUGCUCAAGUCAGUCUAAAGUUAUUAAUUUUAUUGUAGGAUAUUGACUGGGAUCCUGCUGAUGGACAGUUUCUUGUGAGUGUUAGCAGUGAUCAGACUACACGAUUACACGCAGCUUGGAAACAAGAUGGAUUACAGGUACAUGUAACUAUAGUGUUACUCUCCAAAUGACCACAUUCCAGUCAAACAAAUGUCCCAGAUCUUACGUGCCAGUAACCAGUUGUUUCGUCUAUUGGCAAAUGUACUCCUAAGAGACCAGACAUUGUCCCUUUGAGAAGUUACAACGAAUGACUCACCCCAUGCUAUAGGUCUAGCUUCAAACACCCUGCCCGAACCAACAACCAGGGUGUUUAAAAAACUGGUAAGACCAUGCUGGCUGUGAUUUAAGAUCAUGUCUCAGUUCAGAGGAUCGGGUCAUUGGGCGGUGACUUGAAGCUGUUAGCCUUGUCUCCUUCCUCCCUCUUUCAUUGGUCAAAUCAAAGGGGACGUAAAAGAACCCAUACUACUCUUCGAAAAGAGUAGGGACGUUUCCCUGGUGGUGUGGUCCUUCUUGCACGUACAAUUCGUAUUAUGAGCUUGGUGCGGGUGGGUUACAUUGAGCUCAUAAAUGAACUGAUAGCGGCUGCCAGUGGCGCUCUUGUGUGCUGACGUCCUUGCUUACUGUUAGCACGUAAACAUUAUUAUAUUGUCAAGAAGACACGCCUGUUGCCUUCUCAUUCAUGGCAGAUCACUCAUACAAAAUACAUACCUUCUUACAACUGGGAGUGAUACAUCAUUAGUUAUGUGCCACUUUCCAACCAAACACAGCAGUCAGAGCGUUGAUGUGUAUUGGACCUUUUAGUGGUUAAAGUAUAGCAAUAUAGUGUGAAAUAACAAUGUUGUUGGUUUUUCAUGGUAUUGUUCUCUUCAGUCUGUGUGGUGUGAAAUAGCUCGUCCACAAGUUCAUGGUUAUGAUAUGCAAUGUUUGAGCAUGCUCAGUAGGUACAGACUGGCUUCUGGUGCAGAUGAAAAGGUAAGUGUACAUGUAUUAAAGAUGGCUCCAUUGAUUUUGUUCUUUGAAUUGUUUGCACUUUUCCUUUCGCCAUUAGCGAGUCUGGUUUUGGUUCAGUUGGAAUCAAACUGAAAAAACAACCAUUCUAAAACUUCAAAACAUGUUACAUCUGUUUCUUUAAUACUAAUAAAGUUUCAAUAAAGCGUGAAUUCAUUUUGCCACGAAGUCCCCUCAUUAAAUUAUACAUCUGACCCUUUAACUACAGGCACCUUGGUUAAUUUCCAUCACCUUUUUCUUUAAUCUUUAAUCCCCAUUCCCCGAAAAAAGGUCAAAUAUUAAUGUUGUGGUUCAAUUUAUCCUUGGUUUAAAUUUUAUUUCCGCUUGUUUCAAACUCUUUAAAUCAUGAAUUGCAAGUACUAUACUUAAAAGCAGAAAGAAUGGGCGUAAAAUCAAGGAUAAAGAUUCAUUGUCUCAAUUUUUGUUAUUUACAAUGGUGUAACUAAAUGUGUAUAGUUUGGGCUCAUUGCAGGUAUUAAGAAUAUUCACCGCUCCUCGCCAGUUUAUGGAGACGUUUCAAAGACUUUGUAAAGUUCAAGAAAAUAGCAAGGCAUGUUCUGGUCCAUUGUCAUAUCUUUAGACUUUCUCAAAGUCCUUCGCUUCUCAUUUCCGGUUCCGGUAGUUGGCCCCAGCGCGAAGCUCGCUCUCUCGCUCGCUUUUUCCGCAGAAAACAUAAAAAAUCUACCGCUCGCGCUUCGCGCUCGUAAAAAAAUCGAGAUCAACUUGUAGGCAAGUCUAUCAUAUCUCCUACAUCCCACCUGGCGGGCAGUGAGGUCGAGUGUUUAGCGCACGCGUGGGACUUGCACUGCAAUUCUUGCAAUCAUGAUGAGUCGAUACCCAACCUCAUCCGAGGUUGGUCGAUACCGAGUUACAGUCCCUUUCUGACCAUUCAAGAAAUAGAUUCGAUGAAGUUGGCUAAACAACAGAUUAAAAUCCAAUUUUGCUCCAUGCAGAUUCAGAACAGUUUACCUAUUGGAGCCAGUGUGCCUGCUCUUGGACUUUCAAACAAAGCUGUUUUUGACGGUGAGUAUUAUUUUACAGCUUAGUUGUUAAGGGUUUCCACCGGGCACUGUGGUUUUUUCUUCUUCUUUAAAAGCAAUUCUUUCAAGUUACAACUCGUUCUUGAAUGAGCCUUUUAAUAGCUCUUUAAUAUUGGUAACGAAAGAUAAUUUACUUUACUUUUUUUCUGUUACAACUCUUUUUGUAGGUGACUUGGAUAGCUUGAGAAGAGACCUUGAAGAUCCAGCCAGACCGAUGAAGUCUUCAGCUUUUGCGAGUGAAGAACCUGCCCCCUUUACACCUGUCUCAUUAAAAGGUUUGGCCAGAGUUCCUGUGGCGUGAAGCAUGUAGUAGUGGCGAUACUCACCCAGAAGGGAUAUGAGGCCGUCGAGCUUUGGGGGCUGAAGCAACCACGAGUUGAAUUUUUUAAGGAUUGUGUCCAAGUUCAUUUAAGGAUAAAAAGCAACGCUAUUAAAACAUGACGUUUCGGCGACGUCACCAUUAUCAAAUGCAAAUAAAAGAUACUAUGAAACGAUAUAGGAAACGAUGGUGUGAAACACAACAUGAAAUUUGAAGAACAAAAGAAUGAAAUAAUGAAGUGUAAAUUUUUUUGGAAUGGAAUCGGUUGAGUGUUUAAGGUCAGCCUCUUUUCCUUAAUUAACAUUAUCUCAUAAAUGAGGCACUCAAACUUUCCUCGGCAUUUCUUAAGGAUCUUAAAACAUUCUCGGAGAUUAGUUGGCUCUUGUCGGUGUUUUUCUUUGAGGUGUUCGCCAAUUACAGUGUCCAAAUUCAAAAGGAGAAAGUUAACAAGUUACAAGCACUUACCUACAUUCUCGUUAAAGUUGUUUUAGCAGCCACCGAAAUCAGAGGCCUUUUUGAGGUUUCUCAAUUUAAUACUUUGGAGAUGAGGUAAUUUUUACUGAUACUUGUUUUCUUGAUCGUCAAACAGAACCCCCUACUGAAGACAUAUUGCAACAGAACACUCUAUGGCCUGAAGUGCAAAAACUGUGAGUUAAAAUUAUGUUUUUGUACAAUAAUCUUUAGGAUAAGGAAUAUGCCAACAAAUCGGUGAACAGCAACAACAACAGCAACAUUAUCGCUUACUUAUAUAACUUUAACGAGGGAAUUUUUAUCCAAGUGUAUUGUUCCUUUGUUGCUUCUUAAGUAAUAGGCCACUUCCGAGAUCCAAAAACCCUCACUUUCAAAAUGAGGCUAGGUGCACAACCUUUCUUGUGAAAAUGAGUUUUAUUUGCACGAGAAUGAAAAAUGAUUUCCAUAUCAAAAGCUGAGCUCCUACCCUCGCUUUGAAACCGAGGUCUGGGGGAACUCGGAAAUGGCCUGUUGGAAUAGCGUUGUUGGCAUUAAAGUUCCGAUUUCAUUUACAUGUAGUUUUUUUCCCUUUUCGGCUGUACAGAUAUGGCCACGGGUACGAAAUAUUUUGUGUUGCGUCAAGUCCGGAUGGCAAAUUACUAGCUUCCGCUUGUAAGGUUUGUAUUUGUCCUUCUUUUACUCCGCAACUGACAUUGGUUUGAACAGUGAAAGCAGAUCUUGCUUAAAAAUAUAUUAGCAGUAAAGUUAUUAAGCUAUUUUCCGCGCUACAUGUAGGCAUCGACUGCUAGUAUGGCAACGUGCUCGAUACCUUUUGUGUGUUUUCACGCGCUUGCUUCUGGUUGCAUGCUUUUGUAUCAUUUUUGCUUCAAAUUUCGGAUUUUUUUAUCGGGACCGGUUGCCUCUGGUAGUGUGCAAACCCUUAAUUCUUGACAUGAUUCAAUCAAUCAAUUUCAACAGCAUGAUGAAUCAAAAACUGUUUCUAUUUUCUCUCUCUAGGCAUCAAAACCGGAACACGCAGCGUUAAUAUUAUGGGAUACAGCAACUUGGAGGCAGCUAUGUUCACUUUCCUCUCACACACUCACAGUUACACAGAUAGCUUUCGAUCACAGCGGUCAUAGGCUACUCUCUGUAUCACGUGAUCGAUGUUGGUCUGUUUUCAAAAGAAAGGAUGAAUCUGCGGAAGGUCUGUAAUCGCUUUUAAUCCUAGGGGAAAGUAAGAUUUAAAUUUCAAGUGAAAAAUUUGACAAGGACUCAAGUGUGUUUGUCUGUUAUAGGCAACAUGUAUGUUAGUUAGAAUAAUUAAAGAAAGGGUAGACCAAGUAACGCUUGCUGUAUAGAAAGAACAUGGCAACAACAUGCUCACUUCUACGCAAAGAUCUCGUCUUCAAAACAUUUGCCUCUUCCUUGGAAGUUUCAGGAUAUAAUGGGAAGUUUAUUAUUGCGGACAAUUUUUAUGUUAUAGUUGUCAUCUGCUGUUGCUAUGGCGGCUUUGAGGCGGUAGUAGGGCUUUUUUAUGCAUGUUUUGCGCCUGGAGAUAUUUUUUACUGAUCAAACAAAAAUAUGUGGCUAAUGUUUUCGUUUGAUAAUGAAGAAUCAAGCGAAUGGAGGAGGGUCGGUCUUGGCGGAUAACGCUCUCCUCUAUUAGCCUUGGACUAGGCUCCUUGGUUGGGAAAAAGGCGAAAGAAAAAUGGCGUGAAAGAGGUGGCGAGCGAAGCUUGCCGAGCAAGGGAUACCGAGCCAAAUCCAAUAAUUGCUAAAUAUUGUGUGUUUUCACAUUACGUCAUGGCGGCCAUAUUUGUGUCCCAAAACAAUGAAACGGCGGCCACGUUUGUGUCCCAAACCAGUCCUGUGGGAGUUGAACUCUUUUCUUAUGUAAACGCUUUCUUUAAUUUGCUCCAUUAAGUUUGAAUAGUUGCUGGCAAUGUUAGUGAAAACACAGAAUAGGCAUAACGAUCUAUUAUUUUCCAGGACCCCUGUUUAGAUUAGUAACGCGGAGUGACAAAAAGAACCAGCAUGCGAGAAUAAUCUGGUCGUGUGCAUGGAGUUCAGAUGACAAAUACUUUGCUACUGCGUCAAGAGACAAAAAGGUAACCUUGAAAAUUUCGAGGGGGUCUUUCCAUCUAGCAUUCUGACAAGUGAGUAGGUUGUGACUUCAGCCUUCGCUGUACUGAUUUGGUGUUAUGUAUCUAUUAGGUUAUUAUAUGGGGCGAUGUUAACCUUCCCAGGGACAACUGGCAAGCUGUUUCCAGUUCUUUAGACGUGGGCGAACCGGCCACCGCAGUGGAUAUUUCACCUGUAGUUACCAGUAACUGUAGGUAAGUCUUAAACACCUAUGAGAUGAGAAAUGGAAGAGAAUUCAUAUGUUGUUGUUGUUGUGAUUUUUCUUUUCGUCGGUUAACAGACACCCUUAUAAAAGCUAUUCUGUUUGAAUGCUAGCGUGCUAAAUUUUUACUCCUUAGAUGUCUUCUAUUUUGUUGAUCUUUUUGCUAACUGUACUAAUUGAAUGCCUUGCGAGAGGUCCCUAAUUUUUGGGUGGAUUUUAAUGACUCGCAUGUUAUAUUUUUCACGCUAGGUAUACUGUUGCUGUUGGUACCGAGUCUGGUCGUAUCGCUCUUUAUUCUUGGUAUCUAAAUGAAGAUGGCAGACGGUCUGGAGGCUGGAAUCUGCUGCAUGCUUUCGACCAAUCGUAUCCUCUAUAUGUAUACACUGUAGAAAAUAGCAGCAACUUUGCGAUUCUAUACAGCUCUUUUUUGCAGGAUUCAAGUGAUUUUAUUACUUAAACAGUUAAAGUGAAAUCGUGGAUUCGGGAUUCGGUACUUUAAGCACGAUUAGCUUAGGCUUCUGUUUUCGGUAACUACAAUAAGAGCGUCGCGUCCUACCUCUCUCUGGUCCAUCCCCCGGUCCCCCACCCCCCCUCUAUCUCUCCCUCUUCUUCGCCCAGCCCUGAGUGGGAUGCAGGUCCAUCGCUGUGUACUCUGAUGCUUUGUCACCCGCAUCAUUUAUCCUACUAGGGAUAGAUGUUAGCCUGCGAAAACAGCCGUUUCUCCUCGCUCUUCGCCGCUCGGGACUUUUCCUCGCAAAACGUCCCCAGCGGCGAGGGGUGAGGAGAAACGACCGUUUUCGCAGGCUAGAUAAAGAUGUUCCUUGUCAGGACAACCAAAGACAAUAGGCCAGAUUCAGUUUUUUAAAAUUCAUACUUGGCUCCGAGGCUGUUGGGUAACAAACAAAAGAAAUCGCAUUGAGAUUCAGGGCUUAAUAAUUCAUUUCUAUUGUUUUAUUCCCCCGGAAGAAAUGUUGAUAAAACGAUUCUGGCCUAACAUUGAAUAACUCGGUAAUAGCAGCCUUAUGAAGUAAUACGGUGGUGCCGCUAUGCCAAUCUCGCUCCGCCUGUUGCAGGCCUGGCUUUUAUUUUAGUUGUCAACAUUAUUGUUUUCCUUACAUCAAGUGGCUUAUAAUGUACAGGAUUUGUCACGUGCUCACAGUACGUCGGUUGCGAUGGAGAAAAACUAGUGAAUAUGAAGAUAACUCUUGUUUACAGUUGGCAAGUUGCAGCUUGGAUCACAGCGUUCGAAUAUACAAUAUCGACAUUACUAGUUGACGAACUGUGGUCAUGGAACUGUCUGCGUGCUAUUCCCCAGUUCAGGCUUGCUCUAGGGAGAAUGGGCGCAAGUUUUGGGUUUAGUGAUUUCUGGGAUCGAAUGGGUGAACAAACUUUAGUUAUGAUUGGUUGAUUGAUAGUUUUCAAGGCAACCCUUUAACCAAUCAUAAAUUACCCUUCUCCACCCAAACGAUCCCAGAAAUCGUUGCGCCGAAAGCUUUAACCCGAAUGGGAAAUACUAAGAACGUUUGUCUUCCAUACACAAACAAGAUCUGGGCUCACACCGUUAGAAAACGCUGAAAAAUUGUAGGGUCUUUUAACUAUACAUCAACAUCUGAUUAUCCGCACGGGACGUUCAUUCAUUCGAGCGGCGCUUUUACCCUUCACUUUCUGCUAAAAGCGAUCUGAAUAACACUUUCCGUCCGUUCCUAGUAAGUUAUCCUGCAGAAUUCAGAAUACGCCUUUACAGUCUCUGUGUUGAUUGGAUAGAAGAGUAACAAACUUGAGUCCAGUGAAAAGUACGGUGUCUUCUGGUUCAGUGUCAAUUCAGCAUUCUAAGGGCAGAUGUGGCCUGGAA